AUGUCAGAUUGGGACCAGACAUCAGAGCGCACACAAGAACGAUACAUCCAAAAAACAUGUGAAAUUGUCUCGUCAGUGUUAAAUGAUAUUUCAUCCACUAAUGCCCCACAUCUUUGGAAAGGGCUUCAAACUUCCGGAAGGAUGAACAAAGCAUUUGGAUUAAGCCAUCAGCCAGCAGAAAAAGCUUAUUUAGAAGCCUUAGCCGAAGCGUAUAAAACCGCAGAUAGCUGGGAUACUCGGCGCCAAGUCUUAUCUACCAUGUCCGAUGUGGCUAAUUUUAAUGUCAUUUCAGAAUAUAUUCCUGGUCUCACACACUACCGUUUUACUAUGGCUAAUCUUCAUCGACUUCAGUAUGGAAGGUGCGUUCCAGUUCCGUUAAAGACAUCGCCUCGUCUUCGUAUAUGUCAGCAACAGCUUGACCAUUUUCUGAGCUUUAUAACAAGCCCCCAUUUAGUGCAAGACUUGCCGUUUGGCGAAAAAGAAUUGAAGAUGUCCUCAG